AAUUAUUUCAAGCAGCAAAGGCAACACAAAAAUUACCAGAAACAUAUUUCGGCAAAUGCUACUGCGGCUCAGAGCGCUAUUUAAUUAAAUAAGAGAUCACACUUCUAAUGUUUGCAGUCAAGAGUUCUGGUGGUCCAUGGGGAAAUUACAGGGGUGUUAUUGUGAUUACUGUCACUACUGUGGCAGGAAUUGGUCUCCUUAGAAUGCUCGCUAGCUAUUUUAAGAGGAGGAGACCCGUGACAACUGACAGAGGCCUUGCCAAUUAUAGAGUUCCAGAUCAAGGGGCACCAUCAGUUGUCAGCGCCUCAAGCAGUCGCAGGGCAGCUAGCUUGUACCGCCAAAUGUCUACAGUUGGAGACAGGGCAUCUACAUCUGUUCCUGGAACAGCUCUGGAUGGUGGUGACUUCAAAUCUGGAUUUAUCAACGAGCAGCUAACACCUCAGCAGCUGGGAGCUAUGGGCAUGGAGGCGAUUGAAACCGCCAUUAACUUUUGGGAAGACGCGCUGGAAGGCUACCGAAACCUGUCCAAAGAAAACCGAGGCGCCCUUGCGGUAACCACAGCCGAAGAGGCGGAAUUCACGCGAGACCUGCAGAACCUGCUAGACGCAGCGUACAAAAUCCAGUCAGACUCGGAGCUCCUGUUCCUCGACCAAAGAUCGGUUUUGUUCCGGGCGGACAGUUCGGUGGCAGGUCGCUCCACAAUCAGCAGGCGGACCCGAUCGAGUUGGUCCUCGAGGGACUCGUUUGUGUCGGCGCAAGAUGAGAUCGCAGAUUUAAGAGAUUUGGACGAGUUUAAUGAUAUUCCUGAUCUGGACUCUCUUCCCCUUUAUCAAGCAGCAGUCCAGAAAUAUGAAGAAAACAAUGGCAUCCCAUACAGGUGCUUGAGAUCAGACAUGGUGAGGUGCUCCUCGGAUGAAGAGUACCAGUGCAAAUUGCACUGCAUCCGCCUUGCCUUUAAGUGGCUCCUCAGUGAGCCAAACAACCAAAGCUGGCUGGUGGAAACCGGCAGGCAGGUCUUGGCAGACCUCAUGAUAAACGCAGAAAAAGACCCUAGAGAUUUUUUAAUCGCCUACGAGGAUAUGAUUCAAUACCUUGCUGAGCAGUCCAACUGGAAGGAUAUAGAGGACGAAAUGAACGAGAGGGACGUGAAAGCCCUCACCUUUUUUGACAUCGCCCUUGAUCUCAUCCUGAUGGAUGCCUUCGACGACUUGGACUCGCCGCCUGCCUGUGUGUCGUCAGUUGUCGGAAACCGGUGGCUUUCCAAUGGGUUUAAAGAAGCGGCAUUGUCGACUGCCCUCUGCUCUUUGUUAAAAGCUAAACGAAGAAUGCUGCAAAAUCCAAGUGGCUUCAUGUCUCAUUUCUACACAAUCUCAGAGCACAUUUCGCCUCUGAUGGCCUGGGGGUUCCUGGGCACUAAUGAAAACCUGAAAGAGACUUGCAAAUAUUUUAGAAACCAAGUAAUAGGCUUCUUGCAAGACAUGUUUAGUUUUGACAAAAUGAGGUAUGUCAGCGUAGAAACUCUCGGAGAAGACAUCUUAGCAAAUAUGAAAUGUAGAGUGGACGAAUUGAGAAUAAGAUUUGCGCCAGCACAAAUAUAGUAGUACUAUUUGUUACAAAAUAAGUGUACUGUUGACUACUUUUAGUCUUUUAGCUUUCUGACUUGAUUAACUUAAAAGUGACAUUAGAUCCUUAGCGUGGGAUUUGUUUUGAUUGUAAUCAACGUUAGCUUUUGUCCAUUUGUAAUAUUUAUAAAAGUAUAUCAAUUUGCUGCUUUGAUAACAAACAAAAAUAGAUUAACCUGCACUGCCAAUAAAAUUGAACAGUUUAUGCUAGUCUAAAGGAAUCAGCUAUCUGUUUCUGUACAAACACGUCACAAAGUAUGGAAGUUCAUUUGAAAAGAGCAUUUUUCUUAAACAAAAACCAACCAUACAUUUAAUCUAAUCUUGCGAAGCACGCACAUUCCUCUUAUUCUUCAUCUAACUCGACAGAAAAUCUUCAGUGUUAUUUAUUUGUAUUGGCGUUGCAUAGUUUUAAAUUAAAUAAACUCCUAUACAAGGGUAAGUGGUAAUGAUAGCACCGUUCGCUCCCAUGGUGGCGUUUCAUCUUACAUCUAUUUGGGAGUCAUUGUCUGAACAUGAACCAGAUGGAAAUUGUACAUAAUCAAAAUACAAGUUUAUCGAUGAAACAGAGAA